AAGUGAUAAUAAAACAAAAAUAUGAAAGACAGCUCGCUUAGUAAAUCAAUGAUAAUUUUACUUCGAAUUUUUGGUAUCUGGCCGGACGCGUCGCAUAUUCCGUUACGUAGAGUAUUCUGGACAAUUGCAAUCAUAAUGGAGCAAGUUCUUGAAUAUAAGUGGAUCGUAGUACAUUUCUAUACUAAUGAGCCUUUCGAAGUGAUGAAAUUUUUAAGUGAAGCAAUGACAUAUACGAUAAUGUUUCUUAAAAUUAUCAUUUUUUGGGUUAAAAAGAGAACAUUCGUUAGGAUAUUAACGAUGAUGUCAAUUGAUUGGGAAAACCGUAUCAUCGAUGAAGUUAGUAUGAUCACGACGACACAUAAUGCUAAUCUGUGUCGACGUUUCAAUAAUGGGACAAUUAUCCUUUAUACGAUAGCCGUAUUAUUUCAUAUUAGCAAUGUAUAUACUAAUUUUAUGGAUGAACAAACUUCCAAUACUUCCACGCGACCAUUGGUUAUGAACAUGGACUUACCAUUUGAUCUCAGUCGAACAUGGGUAUACGUGUCGGUCCUAAUUAUUCAAUUUAUUCAUUUAAUAUUAUGCGCCUAUAUAAACGGAUAA